AUGGGGAUCCACCUUUGUUGCGGCGGCCCCCGGGGAGCUGAUUCUGGGGCAGCCCCUGAGCCGGCGCGCGGGGAGGGCGUGGUGAGGGCCCGGGGUGCGCAGGUGGGGCGGCCGCCUGCUUCCCGGGUUUGCUCUCUUCCUCUCACACUGCAGCCCCGAGGCUUCCCUCCCCGGCCCGCGGGCCCGGGACGCCAGCGCUGGAGUCUCCAUGCGCCUCCAGGGCCCGCGGCGGGGCGCGCCCAGGAGCACGCGGUGGCGAGGCAAGAAGAGCCAGGCACCGGGACGCGGAGCGGCAGGGCUCUGCCUUUUGCGUCCCGGGCGACCGCCCAGGCGCCCUGCCACCCCCUGCUCCCCGCGCCCUCACCAGUGGUUCGGCCCUCUCCAGCAUCCCGGAGGCCGCGACUCGGAUCUCACAGAGGCCAUGCCAUGUUCCUCGGGGUGCCCUCGGCCAGCCUGCCGCGUCCUCCCCCUACUCCCACCUCCCUCCCGCUUCCAGCCUGGGUCCCGCCGCGCCCCGCGCUCCGUGCCACCCCGCACCGUCCUCCUUCCCUCCGACAGCUCCACGGCCCCGGGGGACAGAAGGAAACAGACACCGACCACUUCUCUUCCCCUUCCCCCUUCACCGCUAGAGGUCAAAAACUGCGCCGCGUUCUCCGCCAACAACCAGCUCUGAGCACACGCGAAGAUGCAGCGUUAAAAAUAAAGAACAGAAAAAAUUCAAAUCUGGAAACGGCUGUCCCCACCCUUUGAGAGGCGGGGAUAGAAGUGCCCCGAGCGCUCGCUGCCCAGGGCGGCUGUCACCGCGAGGUUCAGCGGGGACGCGGCCCGCCGCAGAGAACACACAAGCCCCAGCUAACAGGACCCCGACCAAGCGAGCUGGCAAUCCAGGCCCCUCCAUCCGCCCCUCCCCGGCCAGCUCCGAGCCUCCGCGCUGCCCGCCCGCCAGGGUGGGUGGGGAGAAGAGGCAGGGAGUGGAGGAGGUGAGAAAGGAAAUGGGGAGCUGGAGAUGGAAAGGGAGGGCAGAGAGAAAGAAUACCCUUCCCCUGUCUUUCACAACCAGCGGAAGAGGUAAAAGAAAUCAGCCUGCCAAUUGAACACUUUUCAGCCUAACCCCCUAAAUGUAGAAUUCUCUCCUGCCACCUCCCCCCAUCCGCGCACACAACAGCCUCACCACCGAAUGCUCUGCGACAACGGGACCUCCAGUUUGACUUCCAUAGAGACUAUUGGCGAUGCGAGUUUCUAUCAGUUCCAGCUGAUUUAUUAAAAUUGUCAAGAUACAGACUUCCAGCACAAAAAAAAAAAAAAAAAAAAAAAAAAAA